AACUUCCGCGUGGCCAAGGUGUCCCGGGAGAACUCGGACAAGAUCAACUGCUUCGAUUUCAGCCCCAAUGGCAAGACGGUCAUCUCCAGCAGCGAGGACGACUCCAUUGUCCUGUACGACUGUCAGGAGGGUAAACCAAAGCAAACACUGUACAGUAAGAAGUAUGGAGUGGACCUAAUCAGAUACACCCAUGCAGCCAACACCGUAGUGUACAGUUCUAACAAAAUAGACGAUACAAUCCGCUACCUGUCCUGGCACGAUAACAAAUACAUCCGGGACUUCCCAGGACACAAGAGGGUGGUAGCCUUGUCCGUGUCACCAAUAGAUGAUGUUUUUAUCUCUGGGUCCCUGGAUAAAACCAUCGGGCUCUGGGAUCUUCGGUCUCCUAACUGCCAGGGUCUCAUGCAUCUCCAAGGAAAACCAGUUUGUUCUUUUGAUCCAGAAGCGUUAAUUUUUGCUGCUGGAGUCCAUUCUGAAAUGGCUAAACUUGAUGACCCUUCUUUUGAUAAGGGGCUCAAAAUGCAGUAUGAUAGGAACUGUGAGUGGACAGGCUUAAAGGUCAGCAAUGAGGGCAAACUCAUCCUUAUAGCUACUAAUGGCAGUUUCAUCCGUCUGAUUGGUGCAUUUAAGGGCGCAGUAAUGUAUACAUUUGUGGGGUAUAAUAACAGUAAAGCUGUCACAUUGGAGGCCUCCUUCACUCCAGAUUCUCAGUUUAUCAUGAUUGGCUCAGAUGAUGGUAAAAUUCAUGUCUGGAAUGGAGAAAGUGGCAUACAGGUGGCUGUGUUGGAUGGGAAACACACUGGUCCCAUAACCUGUUGGCAAUUCAAUCCUGAGUUCAUGACCCUUGCCAGUGCUUGUUCUAACAUGGCAUUCUGGCUGCCCGCCAUUGAUGACUGAUCAUUUUUCAACACAUUGAAGGGCAGCCAAUAAGAGGAGAAAAGGGACUGAGUAUUGGGAUUCUGUGGUUCUGAAGCAUCCUUCUACCCAGCCCUUUCUGUGGACAUUGCUAUACAUCAUUUAAAAAAAGUCUCCUUUGCUGCGUUCCUUCAAAAAGGACACUUGGUGCUGCAGACCUGAAGUUGGAUCCAGAUUUUCUGCCUGUGGCUGUAUCAAGCUCCUCCUGAGGGGUGAGCUGUGUCAGGCUCAUGGGCAUCAGUGUGGACCCUUGGCAUCGCGUCCUCUUUUGAAUGUUUAGGGAGCCUAUAAAAUCUUGACUCCACAUGUUUUCUUUCCUGCACCCUGUCCCCACAAAUGCUUGGAAAUCUAGUUCUGGUUUUGAGGUACUAGUGCACUUUCCCCUUUUCCCUCUGCAUGUGUCAUGAUUGAAUUUUCCCAGUAUUGUUGUGGCUUUAUUCCAUAGCCAUCAUGUUUCUUCUGUGCCAAAAGUUUAAAAAUAGUCAUUUCAGAUGUCUUAGGUACAGAGGGAAGGACAGAGCUAUGUAAGGUCUUGGUUUGCAAGGAACUCAAGGAACUCUGCAGACUGUUAGGGUGAGGGUGCCAGGUAUGGACUUAGUUGUGUGGCUCAGUCUGUUUCUCACUUAUGGGGAGUGUAGAGAGAGGCCAGGGAGUCUUGAAAGAGGUGACAGGUCAAGUGCCUCCAGCAGUCAAGGAGGCUUACCUCCUUAGCAGACAGGGGGUCAGCCCUGUGUAAGCAAAUGGCAGCUGAGCUGGGAUGCAGCUAGGUUGUCUCUGUCCAAUGAUCUUUUCUGUGUACAUAUUUAUGAGGUGGGAGCCCAUUUUUUUACUUUAGAAAUCAAUAACUACUUCAUGUGGGCCAGUAUUGUGGAAUGAGUCCAAAUUGUUUACACUGAAGCUUUCUUUUCUCUACCCCCCCAAAAAAAUCCUGUAAAUAACCUGCAGAUAGCCCUACCCCUUUCUCCAGCACCCAAACCCACAAAGCCGAUUCUGGGCUUGUAUUUUUGUUAGUGUCUAACCUUUUUAUAUGACUUUUUUCUUAUUUUACAUUUCAGUUCUAUGUGUGCACCUUUAUUUUAAAACAAAAAACUACACAUUGUUAACAUCA